UCUAAACUCUCCAGCAGAGGGCGGCAUCCACCCCGAAUGUGGUUUGCGAUGCUCGUGAAAUGUAUACAAAGAAGAAGAAAACACGGACGUGACGUUGCCGUUUAGUCUUUCACACGGAAACGGCAGUUGACAACAAAUAAGAGUAACCAUUUUUAUUCGUGAGAACUAUAGUUAUUCUCUCUACCGACAAGUAUUUCCACAAGUCUGGUAUAGUUUGCACACGUUGCUGCAAAGCCACCACAGCUGCCUCGGCUAACUGAGGCUAGAAAGCUAAGGUAGACAAAGACGGCGAGGUAUUUUCACCCAGCUGACUGUGUGGAGUAGCUUGUUGGCGAUACACACAGGAGUUGUCAGCUUCCAAUAAAUGGCCUGCACUUUAGAAAAAGUGUUGGGCGAUGCCCGGACCCUUCUCGAGAGGCUGAAAGAGCACGACACGGCCGCCGAGGGACUUAUAGAGCAGUCAGGGGCCCUCAGCCAGAGAGUGCAUAGCAUGAGAGAGGUGGGAAAUGCCCUUCCAGACAAGCAAAUAGAAGACACUUCAGAGAUUCAGGAGCUGACCAAAUACAAGCCCCAUGUCCUUCUGACUCAGGAAAACACUCAAAUCAAAGAACUACAGCGGGAGAAUAAAGAGCUUUGGUUGUCUCUUGAAGAACACCAGUACGCGCUAGAGUUGAUCAUGGGUCGAUACCGCAAGCAGAUGCUUCAGCUGAUGAUGGCGAAGAAGGAGCUGGACACCAAACCUGUGCUCAGCCUCCACGAGGACCACGCAAAAGAAGUGCAGAGCCAGGUGGAGCGGAUAUGCGAGAUGGGCCAGGUGAUGAGAAGGGCGAUGCAGGUGGACGAUCAGCACUACUGCUCUGUUCGAGAGAGGCUCGCUCAACUAGAGAUUGAGAACAAGGAGCUGCGAGACCUCCUUGUCAUCAGCAAGAGCUCUGUGAAAACAGCGAGAGAAGAAACCAGCCAGCCAGAAGCAGAAGUAGCAGCAACAGCAGCACAAGAACAGUCCCCUCAGUCAGGGUCCACAGUGAUCAGCGCAGCUUCAGAGUGAACUGUGGUUGGGGCAAAAAGUCCUCCAGGACCAGGGUUGGAAGAGAGGGGGUUGAUGAUCUCUUUGCCUGUGUGCACCACAUUAUUUUUUUAUAUAAGAUGGAAUGCAGUUAAACCCACAGCAUAUUUUUUUGUAGUGAAGGCCACCUAAACACAUCAUGGUAGGAAGCUUUCACCUGCGGGUAUAUUUGGAUGACAGCUAUUGUUUUCACAUGCACAACAUGUGCAUUACCACUUGGUUGUCACUGACAAGACAAGUGAAAGCUAAGACACAUCUAUAUUUGGAGUAAAGGCAGUAAAAGCAAAGGGGAUUUAUUUUGUUUUGGCCAAAGAUGCAUUUAUUCGUCAAGGACACAGUCUCUACCUCUUUGGUGUCCCUUUGCUGUUCACUCACACUCACAAUGUGUAAAAUACUUAUCACCAUCCCCUCUUUCAGAGUUCACUUGAAGGCCAUUAAGAAGCCAACUUGUAUUCACGGCUGUGCUUGAUAAUCACUGCCAACAAGAUGACUUUUGGCCGUUUCACACACUUUGCCUGCUGAGGAGUGACAUGGAUCGUUUGUAUGUGAUUGUCUGCCAUUUUAUGAAUUGAAUAUGUUUGUCAGUCAGUUUGUAGGAUUCAUAUAUACCAUAAUUUCCAUGUUUAGUGCUUUGAUUCUGUGUUAAACACCAGUUUUCUAGUUUUCAGAUUUGAAUGCACAAUAAUCAAGUGUCCCAGCAUCUUUAUGUAAAGGUAACGAUUUCAAAAUAUGCCAACUUUUUGUGUGAUGGAUAUCUAAUGUUUGCGCAUUGUAUGUGGUCAGAUAUUGUCUAUUGUCAUCUCAGGAAAUCAGUGUUAUAAGGUGAACAUGCUGUAAAGACUCGUGGCAGUGUACUGGUUUGUGUCAAACGAAAUUUUGUUCAGAAUCUUUAAAAUAAAUUUGCAAAAAAUGAUGGGAUUAAAAAAAGUCAAAUAUGAA